AUGGCUACUGUAGUAACGAGCCUUCAUCACCACCUUCUCUCCAUCUCCAUUUGUCUCUGCUACUCACUGUCGUUGCUAGUCAGUGGACCUCUGGGCCUAGCUACCACGCUCUCCUUGAGCUUCAACUUCUCCAGUUCUAGCUCCGGCGACCUCUGCGACACGGAGCUCAGGUGCGAGCGUGAUACACGCAUGGGCUCCGACGCCAUCGAGCUAACGAAGAACGAGAUCAAAGGCAACUUCUUCAGCAUCGGCCGGGCUUCCUAUGCGCGCCCGGUGCCGCUCUGGGACAAUGCCACGGGCGAGGUGGCCAGCUUCUCCUCCAACUUCACAUUCCAGAUCAGGCUAAAAAACGAGACGGACGACCGGCUUCGUCUCUGUAACUUAAGCUUCACGCCCAACGACGGUGUGGCUGAUGGUAUGUCUUUCUUCCUGGCGCACUAUCCGUCCAGGCUUCCUCCCAACAGCCACGAAGGGAACCUCGCUCUCUUCAAUGACAGCAACAACUUGAACGCCAUUGGCGACGGCCGUGUCGUCGCGGUGGAGUUCGACACCUUUCGCAGCGCCUGGGACCACAACGACAACCACGUCGGCAUAGACGUGAACUCCAUCAACUCCAGGGCCUACACCAACGUGGCGAAGCGCCUGGUCUCCGACGAUAACAACACCAUGACUGCCGAGAUCAGCUACGACAACCGCACAAGUGUCCUGGUCGCCCGUCUCCACAUAGACGGCGAUGAGCCGCUUUACAACGUAAGCACGUCGGUGGACAUGAAGAAGGAAUUGCCCGAGAAAGUUGCAGUCGGCUUUGCUGCACCAACUGGCAUGUGCGUCGAGCUGCAUCAAGUGUUGUCUUGGUCGUUUAGCUCCACUCUAGAUGAUGUCACAAUGGCUACUAGUCCGCGACAGUGGCUACUAGUGCCCGUGCUAGUGCCUUCCACAGUAGUAGCAUUUCUCGUGUUGCUCUGCGUCGCCGCCUUCGUAGUCCAUCGACGACGCGUGUGGGAGAGGGUAGAUGAUUCCGACGACGAAGCACGUGAGCAAGCUGAGUUUGAGAGAGGAGUAGGCCCUAGAAGGUACCGCUACCGUGAGCUGGCCGCCGCCACCAAAGACUUUGCAGAGGAGGGGAAACUCGGGCGAGGGGGCUUCGGUAAUGUCUACCGAGGCGACAACCUUAGCGACCAUGACCGCCCGGUGGCCAUCAAGAUGUUGUCUGCGGAAUCAUCUUCGCAGGGGAGGAAAGAGUUUGAGUCGGAGGUGAAGAUCAUAAGUCGCCUGAGGCACCGGAACCUUGUGCACUUGCUAGGCUAGUCCGACAGCCGCAAAUCAGAGAGGUACAAGAUCAGCCUUGGUCUAGGAUCUGCACUACGCUAUCUCCACACAGAGUGGGAUCAAUGUGUGCUGCAUGGCGACAUCAAACCCAGCAACAUACUACUUGACUCAUCAUGCAACACCAAGCUUGCGGAUUUCGGGCUGGCGAGGCUCGUGGAGCAUGGAGCAGGGCCACAGACCACCAAGAUCAUCAUGGGCACCGCUGGGUACAUAGACCCGGAGUUCAUCCGCACCCGUCGGCCGAGCGCCGAAGCCGACGUCUACAGCUUUGGUAUUGUCUUGUUGGAGGUCGUGUCCGGUCGGCACCCGGACAUGGAAAUGGAGCAAUCAGGCGACAAAUUCAUUCCGUUACUCAGGUGGAUCUGGGAUCUGUACGAGAAGGGGGCCGUUGUUGAAGCAGUGGAUGAGAAGCUAAAGGGAGGAAACUGGCAGCAGCUGCUCGAUGAUGACGGCGACUAUAAGUGGCAGAUGCACCGCACGCUUGUCGUGGGGCUCUGGUGCACGCACCCCUGCCCGAGUGCGCGGCCGUCGGUCAUGCAGCUCAUGAACGUCUUGCAGUCCAAAGAUGUCACGCUGCCAAGCCUGUCACAGCCGACAUCCGACAUCUCCCUUGGAACACAUGGAGAUAAUGCGUUGUCAUCGGCCAAUGUUUGCAGCGAGGUGUCUUGGGCAAUCAGUGGCAGAUGA